AUGGUCUUGCGAGUGUCGUAUGUUUUGGUGGUGGUUCUAACCAUUCUAUCCAUGGAUCAUAGGAUCUCUCAAGCCACAUCUCGUGUUGCCUUUGAUCAGAAGCUAUCCAUUUCUGAUUACUUCGAACAAUGGAUGAGCCAGUUCUCUCGAGUUUAUAACAAUGAAGACGAGAAACAGCGGAGGCUGGAAGUGUUCAAGAAAAACUUGGAAUACAUUGAGGAAUUCAACACUAAGGCGGAUCAAAGCUACAAACUUGGUGUCGACGAGUUCACGGACCAAACUGAUGAGGAGUUCCUAGCCACCCACACCGGUCUCAAAGGCUUGAAUGUAACUUCGUUAUCCGAAGUGGUUGAUGAAUCGAUGUCAUCUUGGAAAUGGAACGACAGUAAUAUCAUUGGCUCCUUUUCCAGGAGCAAAGACUGGAGAUUGGAAGGAGCUGUAACACCUGUCAAACACCAAAGAGAGUGUGGAGGUUGUUGGGCGUUCUCGGCGAUUGCAGCGGUGGAAGGUCUGUCAAAGAUUACCCGAGGAAGCCUCAUCUCGCUGUCCGAACAGCAACUUCUAGAUUGUGAUAAAACUAACAAUGGUUGCAGGGGAGGACAAAUGCAUAAAGCUUUCAACUACAUAGCACAAAAAGGAAUUACCGGAGAAGACGAAUACCCUUUCCUAGAGGAAGAUGGGACUUGCCAGUUUGAGAAUGAAGCCGUCAUGAAGAUCAGUGGUUUCCAAUUCGUUCCACCCAACAACGAGCGUGCUUUGCUCGAGGCUGUAUCGAGACAGCCUGUCUCUGUUGCAAUGAAUGGGGAUGCGAAAAGUAUAAUCCGUUACUCAAGCGGAGUGUACAAUGAGCCUGACUGUGGUAUAGGUAUCACACAUGCGGUGACUAUUGUUGGGUACGGGGAGAGCCCUGAAGGGACCAAGUAUUGGCUGGUUAAGAACUCUUGGGGUGAGAAUUGGGGAGAUGAUGGUUACAUUAGAAUCCGUAGAGAUGUGGAGUGGCCCGAAGGCAUGUGUGGUCUGGCUCAGUAUGCUUGUUAUCCGGUUGCUUGAGUAGCUUAUUCGAUGAUGUGAUAAACUAAAAUGAUCAGACAUUAUGUAGUUUGGUCUAUUUUAUGAUUUCUUUAAAUGUGGUCUUAAAUAUAUCCCAAAUUACGG